GCUCCUUCUUAAGAGGAAACGAGCGGUUCUGGCUCUGGCAACCCCAGCCCGGCGCGAGGCGGGGUGGCGGAAGGCCAUGCAGGUGGCAGGAGCGCAGAGGCGCGUGCUCUAGGGCCGCGCGGGCACCCGGGGCCCCGCACGCCGGCCUCGCGCGGGCGUCGCCGCACCUGGGGGCGGAGCCAACCCCGCGCCGGGCCAGCUCCCGGGAGCGAAGCCCCCUCCCCGUGCCCUCCCGCCGCGCUGCACGCUCGCGCAGGUGCGAGAGGCCGCGCCCGCCCGGGACCUGCAGCCGCGGGCCCGCCAUGGAGCACAUCCGCACGCCCAAGGUUGAAAAUGUCCGCUUGGUAGAUCGAAUAUCUUCUAAAAAAGCGGCCCUCGGUACUUUGUAUUUGACGGCUACUCAUGUCAUAUUUGUGGAAAAUGCACCUGACACAAGAAAGGAAACAUGGAUUCUUCACAGCCAGAUUUCCACCAUCGAGAAACAGGCGACAACUGCUACUGGGUGCCCUCUGCUCAUUCGCUGCAAGAACUUUCAGCUCUUACAACUCGUCAUCCCGCAGGAAAGAGACUGCCAUGACGUGUACAUCUCUCUGAUCCGCCUCGCAAGGCCAGUGAAAUAUGAGGAGUUAUACUGCUUUUCAUUCAACCCCAAGCUGGAUAGGGAAGAAAGGGAACAAGGCUGGAUGCUCAUCGAUCUCAGUGAAGAAUACAAGCGAAUGGGCUUCGAUAAUUACUGGCAGCUCAGCGACGUGAACAGAGAUUACAGAGUUUGUGAUUCUUACCCUACCGAACUGUAUGUUCCCAAGUCAGCCACGGCACACAUCAUAGUGGGGAGUUCCAAAUUCCGGAGCAGACGGCGGUUUCCUGCCCUUUCUUACUACUAUAGAGAUAACCACGCCUCCAUCUGUCGCAGCAGCCAGCCCCUGUCCGGCUUCAGUGCCCGGUGCCUGGAGGACGAGCAAAUGCUCCAGGCCAUCAGGAAGGCCAAUCCAGGAAGCGACUUCAUUUACGUCGUGGACACUCGGCCUAAACUUAAUGCGAUGGCAAAUCGUGCUGCAGGGAAAGGCUAUGAGAAUGAAGACAAUUAUUCCAAUAUCAAGUUUCAGUUUAUCGGGAUAGAGAACAUCCAUGUCAUGAGGAACAGUCUGCAAAAAAUGCUGGAAGUGUGUGAACUGAAAUCUCCCUCCAUGAGUGAUUUUCUGUGGGGACUGGAGAACUCUGGCUGGUUGAGGCACAUUAAGGCCAUCAUGGAUGCAGGAAUCUUCAUAGCAAAGGCAGUUUCAGAGGAAGGGGCCAGCGUGCUUGUUCACUGUUCUGAUGGCUGGGACAGAACAGCCCAGGUGUGCUCGGUGGCCAGCCUCCUGCUGGAUCCUCACUACCGGACCCUGAAGGGCUUCAUGGUAUUAAUCGAAAAGGACUGGAUUUCCUUUGGUCAUAAGUUUAAUCACAGAUAUGGCAACCUAGACGGUGAUCCCAAAGAAAUCUCUCCAGUUAUUGACCAGUUCAUUGAGUGUGUCUGGCAGUUAAUGGAACAGUUUCCCUGUGCCUUUGAGUUCAACGAGAGGUUUCUGAUUCAUAUUCAACAUCACAUCUAUUCCUGCCAGUUUGGGAACUUCCUGUGUAACAGCCAGAAGGAGAGACAAGAACUCAAAAUUCAAGAAAGAACAUACUCUUUAUGGGCUCACCUGUGGAAGAAUCGGGCCGACUACAUGAACCCUCUGUUUAGAGCCGAUCACAGGCAGACCCAGGGAACCCUUCAUCUCUCCACAGCGCCCUGCAACUUCAUGUACAAGUUUUGGAACGGGAUGUAUAACCGCUUUGAAAAGGGGCUGCAGCCCCGACAGUCUGUCACCGAUUACCUCAUGGCUGUGAAGGAGGAGACGCAGCAGCUACAGGAGGAACUAGAGGCCCUAGAAGAAAGGCUGGAAAAAAUUCAGACAGUCCAGUUAAAUCGCACUAAAAUGAAGAGUAAGCCAAGUGAACCCAGCAAACACUCAGGGUUUUCUACCUCAGACAACAGCACAGCCAACACUCCCCAGGAUUACAGUGGGAAUAUGAAAUCAUUUCCAUCAAGGAGCCCUUCACAAGGCGAUGAAGAUUCUGCUCUGAUUCUAACCCAGGACAAUUUGAAGAGCUCAGACCCAGAUCUGUCAGCCAACAGUGACCAGGAGUCUGGGGUGGAGGACCUGAGCUGCCGCUCUCCAAGCGGUGGGGAGUGUGCACCCAGUGAGGAUAGUGCCAAAGACCGUGAUUCCGAUGAAGCCGUGUUUCUCACUGCCUGAAGUUCCCCUGUGGGGUUCCCUAAUAAGGACACACAAGAAACACUUUCCAAAAAAAAAAAAAAAAAAAGGGAA